UCUAGCAAUUAAGUAUCAUGUCUGACAACGGAGAACUUGAAGACAAGCCCCCAGCACCACCUGUUCGGAUGAGCAGUACUAUUUUCAGUUCGGGAGGCAAAGACCCGUUGUGUGCUAAUCAUAGCUUGAAACCCCUGCCCUCUGUGCCAGAAGAGAAAAAACCUAGGAACAAAAUCAUCUCUAUUUUCUCUGGCACUGAAAAAGGCAGCAGAAAAAAGGAAAAAGAAAGGCCUGAAAUUUCUCCCCCAUCAGACUUUGAACAUACUAUUCAUGUUGGCUUUGAUGCUGUUACUGGAGAAUUCACUGGAAUGCCAGAGCAGUGGGCUCGGCUGCUACAGACCUCAAAUAUCACCAAGUUAGAACAAAAGAAGAACCCCCAGGCUGUAUUAGAUGUGUUGAAGUUCUAUGACUCUAAAGACACGGCAAAACAGAAGUAUCUGAGCUUGUCUGCUACAGACAAAGAUGGCUUCCCCUCAGGAGUGCCUGCGCCCAAUGCAAAAGGAUCAGAGCCUUCUACAACAACUGAAGAGGAAGAGGAUGAUGAAGCUGCCCCUCCAAUUAUUGCUCCACGGCCAGAUCAUACCAAAUCAAUUUACACGAGGUCAGUAAUAGAUCCCAUCCCAGCACCAUCUAGUGACUCGGGUGACAAUGCUGCAAAAUCAGCUGAUAAGCAGAGAAAGAAAACUAAAAUGUCAGAUGAAGAAAUCAUGGAAAAGCUAAGAACUAUUGUGAGUAUAGGAGAUCCCAAGAAAAAAUAUACCAGAUAUGAAAAAAUAGGGCAGGGGGCUUCGGGUACCGUUUUCAUUGCCAUAGAUGUGGCAACAGGACAGGAGGUUGCUAUUAAACAGAUCAAUCUUCAGAAGCAGCCCAAGAAGGAGUUAAUUAUCAAUGAGAUUCUGGUAAUGAAGGAAUUGAAGAACCCAAACAUAGUCAACUUUUUAGACAGUUACCUUGUUGGAGAUGAACUGUUUGUUGUAAUGGAGUACUUGGCUGGUGGGUCUCUCACAGAUGUGGUUACAGAGACUUGCAUGGAUGAGGCACAGAUUGCUGCUGUCUGCAGAGAAUGUUUGCAGGCACUGGAGUUCCUUCAUGCCAAUCAGGUGAUACACAGAGAUAUUAAAAGUGAUAAUGUGCUGUUGGGAAUGGAUGGAUCAGUAAAACUGACUGAUUUUGGAUUCUGUGCUCAGAUUACUCCAGAACAGAGCAAACGUAGUACUAUGGUUGGGACACCUUACUGGAUGGCUCCUGAAGUGGUAACACGGAAGGCCUAUGGUCCUAAAGUAGAUAUCUGGUCCCUGGGCAUCAUGGCUAUUGAAAUGGUUGAAGGAGAACCUCCAUAUCUCAAUGAAAACCCUUUGAGGGCUUUAUAUUUGAUAGCAACUAAUGGCACCCCAGAGCUGCAGAACCCAGAGAAACUGUCCCCGAUAUUCCGUGACUUUCUAAAUAGUUGUUUGGAAAUGGAUGUAGAGAAAAGAGGGUCCGCCAAAGAACUAUUACAGCACCCUUUCCUGAAACUGGCCAAACCUUUGUCAAGCUUGACGCCACUGAUCCUAGCGGCCAAAGAAGCAAUGAAGAGUAACCGUUAGCAUUGCUGCUGUGGCCUUCAUACUUUUUUAUUUUUAAAAAUCUUCAUAAUAUAUAAAUCAUUUUUGUUAGGGGCUGAAGGUCUGCAGA